UCAAAAGCCUAUCAAUCACGUAAAAGUCCCUUCUAUCGCCAUGGCGUCUGCUCUUCAUUUCGAGACCUCUUUCUGGUCUCAGAAACAACCACACUCGACGCUUCCUGAUUUCCAGUCUGGACUACAGAUAUUACACCAGAAAUUACAGCAAAGCAAAGUAGAAAACGAAGAAGUCAUCACUUUUUUUAAAGAUCGCAUUUCUAUUGAGGAAUCAUAUGGCAACAAACUCAUCGACCAGUCCAAGAUACCUUCGAAAAAUUCCGGAUUUGGACGAGACGAAGGUGCUGGACUGCGAAGCUGUUUCGAAAACUUCAAGGUCGCCAGUUCCCAGUUUGGCACACACCAUAAAGAGACUGCAGCCACAAUGACCGAUAGUGCGUUAAAACCUCUGCAGACGUUCAACGAAGACUACAAAAACAUGGUGGCCACCAGCCGUCAACAGCUCGACAGCAACCUCAAGCAAUUCGACGGGCUAUAUAAAGACGCCGAACGCGCUAAAUCACUUUAUAAUCGACGAUGCCGCGAAGCCGACCAGGCCGAGGAACAGGCCGUUCAGCAGGCUUCGCUCGAAGCUCCUCCUCUUCAACCUCCUACAUCUCCCACAGAACAAUCCCAGCCACCUGCGGAACCAGCUCCGCCUGUACCUCCCAAAGACAUAAUUACUGUGCGUCUAGGAAGCCAGGUCUUGACCCCAGCUGAAUUCGACACUCUUAUCCAACAGAUGCGCAAAGAAAUCCCCGUAAAAGACCACCGAGUGCCUAUCCUAGGCACGUACAAGUCUACCUCUACUGGCGAAGACAUUGCGCGUUGGCUCCAGCACAAUCUGGCACAAUGCAAAGACUCGCCCGCAAUGGCUGACAUUGUCGGACAGCAGCUGAUCCAGCCUCAUGGUGUGUUACGACUUAUUGCACAACGUGGAAACAAAUUCCUACCCUCGGCAACAUCAUAUUACCAGUGGCGCAUUCGUGAUCCAGAAGAAGAGGCUGGCAGUGUGGGGUCCAACCCAACAACAUCUGCAUUGGGUGGCAUUUUUGAAAAGCUUGGAGGCGGUAUUGCGGUUGGUAAUGGCGGUGUUAAUGGCGGUGCGGGAGCAGGUGGGUCUCCGGUCGUGCCAGGGGAAGAACCAUACAAGAAAGCAAGAAUGGAUGCAGAAAGAGCAGAUGAGGCUUACCGUAGUGCAGUCAAACGAGUAGAUCGUAUGCGCACUGUAAUUGAAGAAGCACUGUUUACUCAUUUUGCAGAGAUGGAAAAGGUUGAGUUGAGAAGACUCGAUACAUUGAAACAAGUCUUUUCUGCAUUCGCUUCUUGUCUUUCGGCAUCAUUACCCGGAGACAAGGCUAUCGUAGAUCAAAUGCGUUUAUUCCUUGAAUCUCUGAAACCUGAACAGGAUAUCCAAUACAUUGUACAGCAAUAUUGCACUGCUAGCUUCUCUCCAAAGGCAAUGUUGUAUGAGAACUACUACCAUGGAAUUGCACACGAUCAAAUAUUUGGUGUUCCAUUAGAAGAAUUAGGAAAACAGACAGAAAACGGUGUACCUCAAUUUGUCACAUAUGCUUUGGAAGCUAUUACACAAGGUGCCAAUGAAAUGUCUUUGGAAGAAAAGAGAAAACUGUGGUCAACGCCACUUGGGCUUGAGAGUGUUCACACCGCAAGAGCAGACAUCAAUAUAGCCAGUUCUAGAAUUACAGUCGAUCUUUUGAAACAAUAUGAACCGGGUCUCUUAGUAGCUGUUCUUCGUCUAUUCCUCCUCGAAUUGCCAGAACCAUUAUUGACCUUUGAGUUCUAUGAUCCAGCCCAAGCAUUAUACAACAGCAAUAGUAAGAUAAUGUGUGGCUACGAUAUUCUUACCGCAAGCUUCUUCUUCUUCUUUUUGAUAGGCGAACAAGACGAAAGUAUGCGCAUAUUUCCACUGAGUCAUUUGAUUUCCAGUCUUCCUGGAUCUCACUUCAACACUCUGGAUGCACUGUUGACCCACCUUGACACAUUCAUUCGACAGUUCAGCAAAGCUCCUCUGGAAGAGGAAGAGAUUUUCAAGAUUUCUCAGAUCUUGGGUCCAAUUAUUUUGCGUUCUCGGGUAGAAACCCUUACUACACUCACCAGUCGUGUUCCAAGACAUCUAGCACACGAUCUUAUCAAAUAUCACAAAGACAUCUUUUCUGAGGUCACCUAUCGGGCCCAUGCUGAAAGUGAAAAAAGACGCCAGACUCGUCUUGUGGCACUCAGAACAACAGAACAAACCGAAGCAGAAACCAAGAAGCGAGGAUUAAUGUCGUUUAUUAGACCAAGCGAAGAGACCAAAUGGGGAGUGAAUUCUGUUAUGGGUGUAUUCCAGCGAAAUGGUAACGGAAGUGGUGGCGGUAGUGGCAGUGGCGGUAGUGGCAGUGGUGGCGGUACAUCCACUUCUCCACCUGUACCUUCCCCUUCUGACAGUCGAUCAUUCACACCACCAACAUCCAUGCACUUUGGAUCUGUGAUCACCCAAGAGUCUCCACCUUCUUCACCCACCUUGCCACCAAAGGCGGACCCUCCUCCUCCUUCUUCUUCUUCUCCUCCUUCUCAAGUCAUGUUUGAUGUCGCUGAUCACAUAUCUGAUAAACCUGCUUCAAUCAAAGAGACAGACAAAAAGGAAGUGGUUGAGGCUCCCCCUCCUCAUCAACCAAAGGAAGAGAGUCAACCAGAAGGUGAGCUUGAUCCAUUCUUUGCUGAUGAUUAGAUUUUCCACUACUCUCUAUCUCUCUCUCUUUAUUUCUAUCUAUCAUCGUAUAUACAUAUAUAUAUACAAUAUUUCUUCUUCUCUUCCCAAAUCAUGUGUACAUAAUUGUCAAGUUUACAUACAUACACAUACAUGUACACACACAAAUAAACAAAUAAACAG